AUGGCCAGCCGCACGGCAUGUUUUGGGUCGGCGCGACCCCUGACCACCCGGGUAUGCCGUCGCAGCCUGGUCACCCGCGCGUCGGCGGGCUCGGCAAGGCCCCAGCGGAAGCGUCCAGAGUACAUCCCCAACCGCAUCGACGAUCCCAACUACGUCCGCGUGUUUGACACCACCCUGCGCGAUGGGGAGCAGUCUCCGGGCGCCACCCUGACCAGCAAGGAGAAGAUGGAGAUCGCCAAGCAGCUGCAGAAGCUGGGUGUGGACGUCAUCGAGGCUGGCUUCCCCAUCGCCUCGCCCGACGACUUCGAGGCCGUGCGCUCAAUUGCCAUGGAGGUGGGCAACAAUGUGGACGCCGACGGCUACGUCCCGGCCAUCUGCGGCCUGUCUCGGUCGCGCGAGGCCGACCUGGAGCGGGCCUGGGAUGCGGUGCGCCACGCCCGCCACCCGCGCGUCCACGUCUUCCUGGCCACCUCGCCCAUCCACAUGGAGCACAAGCUGCGCAUGACCCCUGACCAGGUCAUCCGCCAGGCGGUGGAGAGCGUCAAGCACCUCCGCUCCCUGGGCUGCAAGGACAUCGAGUUCUCGCCGGAGGAUGCCACCCGGUCCCACCCGACCUUCCUGUAUGAGGUGCUGGCCGAGGUCAUCAAGGCUGGGGCCACCACCCUGAACAUCCCAGACACCACCGGCUGGAGCCUGCCCCAUGAGUUCCAGGUGCUUCGGGGCCUGAUCACGGACCUGCGCGCCAAUGUGCACGGCGCCAACGACGUCAUCUUCUCCACCCACUGCCAGAACGAUCUGGGCCUCUCCACCGCCAACUCCCUUGCUGGUGCCAUGGGCGGCGCGCGCCAGGUGGAGUGCACCAUCAACGGCAUCGGCGAGCGCGCCGGGAACGCCUCGCUGGAGGAGAUCGUCAUGGCCAUCGCCCUGCGUGGCGAGCGCCAGCUGGGCGGCCUCUGGACCGGGAUCAACCCGGUGCACAUCGCGGUGACAUCCAAGAUGGUGUGCGACUACAGCGGCAUGCCGGUGCAGCCGCACAAGGCGAUCGUGGGCGCCAACGCCUUUGCGCACGAGUCCGGCAUCCACCAGGACGGCAUGCUGAAGUCGCGGGACACCUACGAGAUCAUGACCCCCGAGUCCAUCGGCCUGGCCCGCGCCUCGGGCGUGGGCCUGGUGCUGGGCAAGCACAGCGGGCGCCACGCGCUGUCCACGCGCCUGGCGGAGCUGGGGUACGGCGACCUGCCGGCGGAGCGCGUGGCGGAGCUGUUCCGCCGCUUCAAGGACCUGGCGGACAAGAAGAAGGACAUUGCCGACGAGGACCUGCUGGCCCUGGUGCAGGACGGCGUGCACCAGCCGGAGGCGGUGUGGGCGCUGGGUGAUCUGCAGGUGGUCUGUGGCUCCAUGGGCCUGCCCACCGCCACGGUCAAGCUGAUCGGCCCCGACGGCCUGCCCCGCGUGGCGGCGGGCAUGGGCACCGGGCCCGUGGACGCAGCCUACAAGGCCAUCGACAGCCUGGUGCGAGUGCCCGCGCGCCUGGUGGACUACUCCAUGAACGGCGUGACCGAGGGCAUCGAGGCCCUGGCCGUGACCCGCGUCAUCCAGGCCUGA